AUGUCUCUGAUCGAGGGGUGGUUCCCGCCGACGCGGGAAAAUUGGGAGACCAUCACGACCGUGUGGCAGCUCUCCUGGCCCGUGUUCGGCUCACUGCAGUAUGUCGUGAGCUGGUACGGCAUGGGCAAGACCUCGGUCCAGAGCCGCCUCAACGUCCCCGGCCGCGUCGCGUGGUUCUUGAUGGAGAUCCCUGGCGUCAUGACGCUGCUGUACAUGAUGAACACCUUGCCCGGGCAGGUCGGGAUCCAUGACCUGCCGUGGCAGAACAAAGUGCUUGCUGGGUUAUUCACGAUCCACUACGCCUACCGCGCCGUCAUCUUCCCCAUCAUCCAGCCUUCCAUGUCGCCCAUCCACAUCCUCGUCGCCCUCUCCGCGCUGUCCUUCCAGCUCAUGAACGGCACCUGCCUGGGCAGCUACCUCGCCGCCUACGGCCCCACCACCCAGUCCCAAUGGGACAAGGCCCUCGGCUUCGGCGGCGUGGCGCAGUUCGUCGCCGGCAUCGCCAUCUUCUACGUCGGCCUCGCCGGCAACUACUUCCACGACGAGGAGCUCCGGGAGAUCCGCCGGGCGGAGCAGCGGCGCCAGGAAAAGGUCGCGAGGCAGCAGAAGCGGGACGGCGCCGCCAAGGUCAGCGUAGACAAGCACUACCGCAUCCCCGAGGCGAUGCUGUUCCGGUACAUGCUGUUCCCGCACUACUUUUGCGAGUGGGUCGAGUGGUUCGGGUUCUGGAUGGCGAGCGGGUGGAGCGUUCCCGGGCGGGCGUUCUUCCUGAACGAGAUCUUUGUCAUGUUCCCGAGGGCGCGGAGUGGCAGGCGGUGGUAUGUGGAGCAGUUUGGGGAGGAGAAGGUGAGGAGGAAGUGGACCAUCAUCCCGGGGGUUUACUGA